CCUAGUAGAGGAGGUAUCCAGAAAGGGCAGAUUCUUAUUAAAUUUUUUAGGUAUGAAAAAAUAUUUUAUUUUUUCUUUAUUCCUGUAUUUAUUAAUUCCGUCCUCAUUUGGAACAAAAUUAGCACACCUCUUAAAUAUUGAUCAAGAAGAAAUAACUUUAAAAAUUCUUGAUGAAGAAAUUGCAAAAAUUAUGGAAGAGGAUGCUAGGGAGAAUUUAAAAAAUAAAAAAGGAAAGAGUGAAAUUGAAGAGAUAAAAGAGGAUGAGGAUUUUGAAGUGAAAGAGGAGGAAAAUGCUUCUUCCUCUUCAAGUUUAAUAAAUCAAGAAGAAGAAGAAAAAAUUAAAAGCCUUGAAAUAUUAAAAAAUUCUGAAGAUGAAAACAAUUUUCCUUGUAAAAAUGUUCUGGAACCCUUUCGAAAAUUUAAAAAUGAAUUUUAUGUUUAUUUAAAAGAUGCAAUUCCCAAUAAAAUGCCGAUCUUAGUUGAAGUUGAAAGGGCUUAUUUUUUGGAUAAACUUUUGAGAGAAUUUUUGACUAGAGGAUUUGAUGAAGGAAGUGAUGGGUUAAAAAUAAUUUUUAGAAAGAUUGAUGAAAUUAUUGACUAUUUUGGUCAACAAAUGGAAAAUAUAACUAGAUAUAGUUCCAAAAAUAGAAGGUUAGUGUGUAGAUUUAGCAUUUUAAUAGGAAUGGAUUUGGAAGGAAGCAUAUGCUGGCCUUAA